UAAUUUUUAUGUAGAGUUUCUCCUCCCUAAAGCCCUAGGUAGUGGAGAGAAGCUAUGUCUGGUGGCAUAGCCAGGGGGCGCUUGGCGGAAGAACGGAAGGCGUGGCGCAAGAAUCAUCCACACGGUUUUGUGGCCAGGCCCGAGACCCAGCCCGAUGGAUCGGUCAACCUAAUGACAUGGCAUUGCACUCUACCGGGCAAGGCCGGAACGGACUGGGAGGGCGGCUAUUUCCCGCUGGCGAUCCACUUCAGUGAAGAUUACCCCAGCAAGCCUCCCAAGUGCAAGUUCCCUCCAAACUUCUUCCACCCCAAUGUCUACCCCUCGGGAACAGUGUGCCUCUCCAUCCUCAACGAGGACUCUGGCUGGCGACCCGCCAUCACGGUGAAGCAAAUCCUCAUCGGAAUCCAGGAGCUGCUGGAUGCCCCCAAUGCCGCGGAUCCCGCGCAGUCUGAUGCCUAUCAGAUGUUCAUCCAGGAUAGAGACGAGUACAAGCGAAGGGUACGACAGCAGGCCAAGCUGUAUCCCCCGCCCGUCUGAUUGCUUUCACCCCUCAUGGCCUGGUAAAAGAGGAAACGUAGUGGAAGGAAUAUUCUUCGAGAGAAAUGUGGUAUGGGUUGGUUAUUAUACGCAAUGAUAUGCCGUGGAUAUUCCGCAA